AGCUUGUCACUUUCCAUACAUAGCGUCACACGCAAAGAUAAGUAAUUUUCCGCGAAGCCAUCCCAUUGAAAUAGGUUCCUCCAUUCUAUAUUUCUUCUGAUGAUGUCGUCGUUUGCACCGCCCAGCAAGAAGGCCAAACGAUCACUCAAUAACUGAGCAGCAUUUGAAAGCGAUGGCGAUUUUUUUCCAGGAAUAAACAAAAUUGAAUACAAGCCUGAUGGAGGUCCAGAAGAUAAUCUGUGCUUCAAACACUACAAUGCUCAAGAGGUAGUUAUGGGAAAAACAAUGGAAGACUGGUGCAGAUUUUCGGUCUGUUUCUGGCAUACAUUUAGAGGAACAGGUGCUGACCCAUUUGGUUUCCCAACAAUUUCAAGACACUGGGAUGAUGGAAGCAACAGUGUAGAAAAUGCAAAGAGAAGAAUGAGAGCAGCAUUUGAGUUUUUUGAGAAACUUGGCUUAAAAUAUUACACUUUCCAUGACAGGGACAUUGCCCCUGAAGGAGAUGACUUGAAAGAGACAAAUACCAACCUUGACCAGCUCACUGAUCUUGCCCUUGAGUUACAAAAGAAGACUGGAGUUAAACUGCUGUGGGCAACAUGUAAUCUUUUCUCCAACCCAAGGUAUAUGAAUGGAGCAGCCACUAAUCCUGAUGCUCAUGCAUUGGCCCAUGCUGCUGCGCAAGUAAAGAAGGGACUGGAGAUUGCUAAGAAACUUGGAGCAGAAAAUUUUGUGUUCUGGGGUGGACGUGAGGGAUAUCACACGUUACUUAACACUGAUGUCAGACGAGAGCUUGAUCACAUGGGUUCCUUCUUUCAGAUGGUUGUUGACUACAAGACGAAGAUAGAAUUUAAAGGCCAGUUACUUAUUGAACCCAAGCCUAAAGAGCCAACCAAACAUCAGUAUGAUUAUGAUGCUCAGACAGUGAUUGCAUUUCUAAAGACGUAUGGACUGGAGAAUGAUUUUAAGCUGAACAUUGAACCUAACCACACCACUUUAGCUGGUCACAGCUAUGAACAUGAUGUUGUAGUGUCCUCCAAGUUUGGUUUUCUUGGAUCCAUUGAUUCAAACACUGGGUCGCCAGAUCUCGGUUGGGACACCGAUCAGUUCCCUAUGGACAUAAAAAACUGCACUCUUGUGAUGAAGGCCAUAAUUGAACAAGGCGGACUGGCACCUGGCGGACUGAACUUUGAUUGCAAAAUACGCCGUGAAUCCACCGACCUUGAAGAUAUGUUCAUUGCUCAUAUUG